AGCUAGGGUUUACAACGUCAAGAUAAAUUGGCAGCAAACUAAGUUAGUAAAGGGGUAAAUACAAAUGCACUUAGGUUACAACCACACAGUAAAAAAAAAAAAAUUGCAGGCGCCACAUUCACACCGGUGAGCCACAAGCGACGACAUGCACCACACACUGCACCAAACUCAUUAUUUUUGAAUCAACUUUCCCCCGAGGGCCUGGAGCGUGACUACUUCCUGUCGCUUGUGACAGGCCCAGACACGGACGCGCGGCCAUUCGUCCCGCCUCCUUCUGGGCUCUGUGCUUCGUCGCGGUUAUCUUGCUGUCACUUGCAGUCGGAGCCUGCAGGAACGAGGCCAUUUCUGCUUACUCGUUUUUCUUCGCUCAGGGCUUCGUCCCUGUUUUGUUGCCGCUGAACACAAUCGCGUGUGCCUGAUCGCUCGGCUUCGCUCAGGGAGUGGUUGGUCUACGGCCGAUACAAGUAUUGCGCUUCAGCCAGCAUGGGAAUGACGAUUCGGCUUUCCGACACUCCAGGAGGACGGAAAGGACGGUCAGCCUUUCCCCGCAUCUACCACAAGUUGGAGGGUCAUUUCCGUGCCUGCAACUGAAGUUACGAAGUCGUCGUUCCAGCGGAGCAACAAAGGUGGUAACGACUGCACCAACCGCCCAUCACGUGGAACAUACUGUCACAUCGCUUCGACGACGACAAGCACAUACCCAUUCUACCUGCCAUGAGUGCACAACGGUGUGUGGAAACCGGCAAGCCACAUACGGAGAUCAGUGAAACGUUGCGCGGCGAUGCAGGAAGUUUUCCCGUUAAGAAGACAACGGUGAAGGCGAGGAUAAAGGAUGGUGUCAUCCACUCACCCUAUCCGGACGUCCACGUUCCAUCGAGCUCACUGUUCGCCCUCCUUGCCGAGCGAAUGCUGAAAAGCGGAGACAAGGCAGCGAUUCUGUACCGUGAAAAGCCGAUAUCCCACGUCGAGUUGCUGCAGCGCUUUCGAUCGUGCGCGGCCGGCAUGCAAGUUCUGGGUCUCGGCAGGGGAGACCGCGUCUACACGCGCUUCUGCACUUCCAGCGUCGAUGGCCUGGUCGCUUUGUGCGCCGCGAUUUUCACUGGAGCCACAGUCAUCCUCGCCGGAGACUUCACGCAAGCGGAGCACCUGGCCAGCAUCAAAUCUCUGGACAUCACGCGCCUCCUCAUCGAUUCGGGAACAGCCGAUAGAAUAAUUCCUCUGCUCCCGGAGCUGAAACUCAAGGGCAAGUUGUCUGUGGACCAGUUGCCGGGAUUCGCGUGGGUGUCGUCUCCGCACUGGGCUAACGAGGCGUCCUUCCAUGAUCACUGGGUCGCCACAUACGAGGACGAUGUUGCCCUAAUCGCAUACAGCAGCGGGACAUCCGGCCUUCCGAAGAAUAUCGAAAUACCACAACGAUGCCUCCUCUAUUGCCUCGUCGCGGCCGAGGCCACUCAGCCACUGACGUCCGACGACAUAUGCAUCACUGGUGCCAACAUAUGCACGUACAUUGGGUUCUCACUUUACCUCAAGGGGCUCCACCUUGGCGCCACAUUCCUGAUGAUGGAGCAACGCCAGCGCAUACACGGCCUCGCCGACGCAAUUGUCAGACAUAAGGUGACGUGGUUCUUGAGCCCACCUCUCCGCGCUCUCGGCUACGCGCGGCAAGUGCUCCAGAGAGGCGACGGCCCUCCACCGUCGCUCAAGAGCGUCUUACUCGCGGGGGCUCCCCUGUCGGCGGCCGUCGCUCAAGAAGUGGUGGCCGCGUUGCGUCCCGACGAAAUGCGCAACGCGUACGGCACUACGGAGACCAGCGGCAUUCUGACCCUGCCUCCACCGGGAGAACGCUGCUACGACAACGUCGGGUUUCCGUUGCCCAGAACCAGGAUCAAGGUCAUUGACGCUGGAUCUGGUGUAGUAUUGGGACCUAUGAAAGAAGGCGAAGUUCUAGUGCAUUCUCCUUCGACUAUGAAAGGUUACUACAAUAUGGCUGCAGAAACGAACGCUGUUAUCGACGCGCAAGGAUGGUUCCAUACAGGCGACGUCGGCUUCUACGACGAGGACGGCCGCCUGUACCUGGUUGACCGGGUCAAGUUCACGCUGGACUGCUUUGGCAAAAAAGCGAGUCCCUGCGAAAUUGAGGACUGUCUCAUGGAACACCCAGACGUAGCCGAAGCCGCCGUGCUGGGCGUGCCUCAUGUAGACGCUGGCGUGCUGCCUGCCGCCAUCGUGGUUAUCCGGCCCCGUUGCGAGGACAGGGGCGAAGAUCUUGCCGAAGAACUCAAGGUGCACGUCGCGGCUCAUCUGUCCCCAUGGAAGCACCUUUACGGUGGAGUCUACUUCGCCGACGUCAUUCCAAGAACCGAGACGGGAAAGAUACGACGGCGCGACUUACCUACACUCAUUCUUUCACUGCGAAGACUCGACCGCGAGUCAGCGUUGCCCAUCAUAAAGUAAUUGCCAUAUAUUAAAGGCUUUUUUUUGUCACUUUCAGCGCUCUGUAUAGAGUAAUAGGGCCUUCAGGUUAUCUUUCGUCCAGAUGCAAGCGUUUUUUAUUUUAAUCGUGUACAGCGUAAAUUUAAUUAAUGGUUCUAAUAACGCCCUCCGUAGUGGACAAUCUGCACGAAUUGUUGCUAUUAGAACUGUAAACACACAUAUCGGCAAGUCGGAAACUCUGUUUUUAGAAUAAACAUGGCUUUUCUAAACGAA